UCGUGACCUUUACCCUCUAAAAGACUGACGGGACACUUCCUGGUGUCAGCCAUUUUACCAGACGCGAUGGCUUGUUUUUGCAGUGGAAGGUUCUAGUCGUUUUCUUUCGUCACUCGUAUAAAAUAUUCAACAUUUAGGGUUUAAAAUGAGUGCUACAGAGCUGAAAGAUCAAGGAAACCGAUUCUUCAGUGCCAGAAGAUAUGACGACGCCAUCAAAUGUUAUACGAAGGCGAUUAUCAAGAACCAGUCCGUAGCAACCUACUUCACCAACCGAGCGCUGUGUUACCUGAAGCUACAACAGUGGGAGCUGGCCGCACAGGACUGUCGCCGGGCGCUCGAGCUGGACAACAGAUCGGUCAAGGGUCACUUCUUCCUGGGACAGUGUCUCGUGGAACAGGACUCACAUGAUGAAGCCAUUAAAAGUUUCCAAAGAGCCCAUGAGCUAGCUAAGGAACAAAAGCUGAACUACGGAGAUGACAUAGCCAGUGCCCUGAGGAUGGCCAGAAAAAAGCGGUGGAGUGUCCAGGAAGAGAAGAGAAUAGAGCAGGAGAUCGAGUUACAGUCCUAUCUCAACAAACUACUCAUAGGUGCAAAGGAAAAGGAAGUAGCAGAAGUCAUGGAAGAGGGGAGUGACAACGACAAAUGUCUCGAUGAAAUAAAAAGAAUAGAAGAAACGCAUGAUCAUUACAUGGCUGAACUGAACACAUUAUUCUCACAGGUAGAUGAGAGACGAAGGAAGCGGGAGGUUCCUGAUUAUCUGUGUGGUAAAAUUAGCUACGAACUGAUGAGGGAUCCGUGUAUAACUCCCAGCGGUAUCACGUAUGAUCGAAAAGACUUAGAGGAGCACCUUCAGACGAGAGCCGUCCCCGACUUUCUAUGUUGUCAGAUUAGCUUUGAACUGAUGAGAGACCCCGUAGUAACGCCCAGUGGUAUCACGUACGAUCGCAAAGACAUCGAGGAACACCUACAGCGGGUCGGCCAUUUUGACCCCGUAACUAGGCAACAGCUGACCAAGGAUCAACUGAUCCCCAACCUAGCCAUGAAGGAGGUCAUCGACCAUUUUGUCAAGGAUAACCAGUGGGUGGACGACUACUAACUUCAACAGCUACAGCAAUCUACAGGAGGGUAGAUAGCUACUAAUUUCAACAGCACAAAUCUAGCAGCUUCCAGAACCAAUAAAAAAA